AUGCCAAAGUCAAGCAGCACAAGAGACCCCAAGGAGCAGAUCAUAGCGAAAGCACAAGGGGGACGAAACAUCGCACCACGAUCAUUCCCGCCGAGUAUACCAGGGCCUGCCGUCAAGCGAGCUACCUUCGCACAGGGACCCACCUUGCACUCACCUGCCACCCAACUUGCACCACCACGACCCAGCCGACAGCCUAAUCAAGCGACGGACGCCGAGCUCUCAGCAGGGUCUGACACCAACCCCCGGACGAUCGGCAGUGGCAGGCUACCCAACGAGCGGCUGAUACCCAGGAGAAUCUGGCAAGGACCCCACAGAACAGCAUGGAUGGCUAGGAUGCCUGCUCUGAUGGACGCUCGCUCCCCGCUACAAAGAACUAGCAGAGCAGGUAUCGGUUAGUUACGUGACUUCCCCUGUCUAUGUGGGCUCAGGACCACCCUGAAGCCAGCCCUUUCCCAUGGAGAAAGCCCGGGAAACCCCCUUGAUACACUAGGGUGAAAGAACUACCACAGCGACAUACUUAGACCUCACUUACGAUUUGUAUUGCAUGUUGUUUUAGAAUAGCAACCCUAUGUAAAUGUAACUUAAAUGGCACUCAUAAGCACACACUCACAUAGGUACUGCUGCCACACUAGCAAAGCACAAACCAACACAUGGCAACCAUAAUGCAGCAUAUCCUACAAAAUCAUAUGUAAUCACCCAAGCGAGAACCUGCAUAUCUGUAAGCACCUCACUGUAACAUUAAGCGAGAACCAUGAAUGUCUUAUAGCUUGUUAUCCUCAUGAAAAAAACAAACUGCGCUGUUUAACCUGUCACGAUGUAAUGCUAUGAAACUGCUUGCAGAGGCUGUCGUGGCUCUGCACGCUUGCUGUCAUUUCAUGCGCAAACAAAAUAAAGAAUUUAAAAAAAAAAUUUUUUUGAAAGUACAAAAAUUCUAAUAAUUUAUUUCUCCAUUUUAUGAUACCCGAUUUUCAAGGUUUGUUUUAAUUUUGGUUGUUUGGUCAAUCUUUAUUUGGUGUUGUGCACAUUUAACAAGCAGUCCUGCAUUGCCCCAGCAGCAGAUGCAAGGACAUUAAAACAUAAAUCCGCACAGUGUGUGGCAAUCACAAUAUCAGCACAGUUUUUAGGAAUGUAAAGAGAAAAUAAAACGAGCUAGGUAAAACACAAGUUAUAAGACAUUGCAUUAUGCAGGCUAGACAAACAUGUCAGAGCAUCAAUAGGAGGCAAAAUGUAGUACCGGACAUGGAAAGUAGUAAACACAUUUGUACAUGUAAUAUUAAGCUAGAGAAACUUGGAUAGUUUUAACUAGCAUGUACGAGAACCACUGGAGAGUAAAAACUAAGCAGUGCUGCACAGGGAGAUGGUAAAAAAAAUGAAAAAUUAGAAAAUCUAUGAAAAUCACUAUAACUGGUCACAGACCAAGUACAAUUAGCAGAUGAUAUCAUAGCACAGGCAGUGAGUCCAAACCUCGGUUCAACAUAUCCCCACAAGCGGCGAGACCAGAGUGCUUUCAGGAUAUAUAUCUUUCUAGUAGUUGCACCGUAGGGCCAGAUCAGGGCUCCCCUCCUUUGGCCACAGACCUGGAAUCUUCUGGGAACCAAGUCCUUCCCCCACUGGGGGUAGAGGGAAGAUCUGGAUGACCAUCGUCACUGUGGGCGAGUUAUCUUUGACAUGCGUGGCCUAUGCACAGAGGGCGAUCUUCGUUAGGCUUUCGAUCCGGGUAGGUUAACAGCAUGGUGAAUAAGUUGUUGUUGGGUUGUUGUUGGGUUGUUGUUGUUGCUACUUUUGCUUUCUUCCCUUUACCAAGCUAGGGAGGCUUUUUCACGCAGUUUGAGCCAAAAUCUCUGAAAGAUCUCAUCCAGGCUCAGUAAGGUACUCUCUGCAGAGCUGUGAGGAGGUCAUCAGAAUGGACUCAAUCCUAGUGUGUUGGUUGCUAGAACAACCGCCAUUUUACAUGGGUGAAGUUUGGUCGGCAUACAGAUCAGAACAGGAGCGUUGUGCAGCCAUAAAGACUGAUUCAGGCCAGUGAGGACCGGGAUAACCCCCACCGGUCCAUGGGGGCAGGAGGCAGUGGGACUGUGCAGCAAUCAGAUGGGCAAGGAGGUAAGCCGCCUCUCCCCAACUCCAUCCUCAGCAGGCCUCAGCAGUAUUUUUUAGGUUCCCAGGGUAGUUAAGUUUCUGUGUGUUUGUCUGAAAAACCCUGACUUUAAAACAGUAUACUGGCCGGGGUUGGCACCCCCAAACCGGACAAAUAAUCAGAAACUUGUGCACCUCACAUCUAGUCUGCUUGUUCCUCCAUUAACAGGUUUGUUUUUAAAGCAAAACAGUGCUAAUAAUCCAUUUUUCAUUUUACAAGAAUUUUUAUUUAUUCUGUUUGUAGCGGAGCUCCCUGUAUCCCAGCUGGGUACCUCUACCAAGGACCGCUUCCUAGCUGGAACAGGGAAAAACCUUAGCGCUUCUGCCCCAGUUGCUGUAGCUUGACAGGGGUCCUUCUGGAGCCUGUGCGUCCUGGAGCAGGAUAGGGACUGGAUGACACACACUCCUGGGAGCUCUAGUCCUUACAAGGAAUUUCCCCGCCGAAUCCUCCACUAGCUGAAACAAAGUGCUAAGCAGUGAUUAUAGCCCUUCCCCUCCCAGUAACUAGACGACACAUAGUUCUGUGAGUCAAUUGGUUUAAUGCAUCCAAACACAGUCUUUUUAUACACAGACCCCAGCAGGGGGUCUCCAUUGUCUUCACCACAAGCCCCUCCCAGGAAUCUCUGGGCCUAGGAGAUAAUUGUGUUAAAGACCGGUAAGCUAAUUAUCUCCCUGGAACAGAUAGACAAACAUAAAAAUAAAAAACAUAAAAAUACCCCAAAACAUCAUAAAAACAUAAAAUAACCCCUCAAAUAAUACAUCCCCAAAAUAGUCCUGAUCUGAGCGCCCAAGUUCUCCAUAUAGCGCUCAGAUCUAUGCAGUGUAGGGGAAACGCCACCAUGUUAAUGUUCUGGCCGGCCGCACACGUGGUCCUAUGCCCAAAAUAGUUCUAGGGCGUUUGGUGUUUCUGCCGUUCAACUUUCGGGAGCUUCUACGGCCGCAAUACAGGGUGCUCCGCCUGGCUCUUAGGUAGCGUUUGUUCCCCUUCCCUCCAAAAAGCGCUCUCCUGGCGGAUUUCAAAGUGGUUCAAAACCGCAAACCACCUUAUGCCGAAAAUAGUUCCAUAACAUUCGUGGCUAAGUCCUGCUGAGGUGACCAGGAACCCACGACGUUCUCAUGCCAAAUUUAGUUCCAUAGCGGUCGCGGCUAAGUACCACUGGGACUAUUUGGUCAUGCGAACGGCCACCAGAGAGCCAGCCUUCGGUUCUAUUUGCAUGAAGGGAAAGUACUGAACCAGGGGCACCCAGGGAAAGCUACUAGUGGCGGCUGGGCAGGGUAACUCCCAAAUGGUGUCCCAGACCUGGACCAUAGUCGGUGGGCAGGAGGCCAGCUUCUAUACUCCUCCAGGAGUCCGUGGUAAACGUAUGUGGGAAGGAGCGUUUGUCAUACUGUUUGCUACAUAAAAACUGUAAACAGCAGAAAAGUACCCACUUUUAACUCUUUUUCAGGGUACAAUAAUUUAUUUUUCCAAAGAUAAUUUGGCUUGUAAAACACUCCUUGCCCAAUCCCACCUGGUUGCUUCAGAUGUAGUGAUUGUUUUAUCACUCCAGUGAUCAACUUUUUGGAAAACUUAGCACCGAAAAGGAAACACAACCAGCACUUAAAGGCCAUUAGAGGGAACCUCUGUCCUGUGUAAACACUGCUGUCAGACACCAAGUGCAUGAAUUUUACAAGUCAUUCCAUUGUCUUUUAACACACUUUCCCUCAUGAAACUAACGCUCUUUCUGCUUCAGCUUUCUCUAAGCCCCUAAUAUACCUUGAACAAUGCCCCAGCAAUAAAAGAGUCUGAAAAGUGCUAUUUACAUAAUAAAAUCUUUAGAAUAGGUAGCCCUGAGCCCUUCACACAUCCCUGGAGCUCGGUCAGGUAUACAGAAACCAGAAACAUAAAGAAUUCGGUGAUGAUGACUGUUACUCAAUGAUAUGUGGAGGAAGAAAGUCAGUGGUUGUGUGGGUUAAACUAUACUGCUGGCAGAAGUAAUGAUAGGGGACCCCAGAUGCAUAAAUAAGUAUGGCCAUCCAUGCCAUUCCUAUCAAAAUAUGUAAAAGAGUACUCUAAGCACCAUAACCACUAUACAGUGCCAUAGUGGUUAUCAUGCUGAUGGUAAUACAUUUACCACUCUUAGCCAAUUAAUAAUAUCCCAUUUCGGUACGAAAACCCACUGUAGCAAAUCAACUCAGACCGAAAGCAUAAAGCAGUGCAAACACCUGAAAGAGUCAGGUAAGUGUCAAACAGUUCUUAAACCGGUGGACGGCGCUGGGGGAUUCCUGGCACCAUACCCACUGCAGAUCUGGGAAGUGGUUAUGGUACUUGGAAUGUCCCUUUAACAAGAAUCCCAUAGCAUUUACAUCCCUACAUCCUUAUGCCUUUCUCCUCAGUAAUCACACGAUGCCAACAUUUACCUGCCAAUUCCCCAUUACAUCCCCAUAGUCCCCCCUACCCUACCCAAUAUAAAUUCCCACAAUGCUCUGCAAUUUACCCCUUCCUCCCAAACUUGAGCCCCUUAUUUCUGUGCAAUUUUUCCUUCCUCUCUAAUUUACAUUCCCACAUUCCCCCGGCAAUUAUUAAACACCAUUCCGGAUUGCUUACACACCUCGCUAUUCAAGGCACAAUAUACCCAUGCGGGCUAGCUGUAUAAGACGGUCAUAACUACGCAGUACCUCCUCUGUUAGUGCUUGCUCCCUGUAAGUGUGAGCACCUCAGUCAGGAUUUUCUGUGACGAUGUUAAACAGACCCCAAGAUCUUAGGGUACAUGUAACACUGAGAUGGAUAAAUAUGUGUUGCUCUGUAAAAUGUGAAUUCCGCAGCCAUCUCACUUACACUUCUAAAGGACGGGUGAUUGCAGUAUCAAAGUGUCGAGAGGAAGUAACUGUUUCCUUAUCUAAUGCCAUCAAGGCCUCUAGCCGUAACCUAAAGCAGAACCCAUCAAAGUGCUGACUGGGGCUUACAUGAGAACUUUGGUUUUUUUUGAAAAUGAAAAUCCAGAUGAUUUUGAAACUCAGCAAAAGUUUAGAAUAAAAGAUGUAAGCUAAAACAAAGAAUUGUAAUUUUUAAAUAAAUUUAAAUAUUAACUGUUAAACAAAGUAAGACCCCGCAAGCUCCUAAACAAUAACACCAAGGCACAAAAUUUGUAGCAAUCGGGGAAUCUAAAUAAAAACACGUUAUUCUGCCUGUGGACUGCCAGUGUAAUUUGGAUUUAUUCAGAGUGACGUAGAGUGUGAUAGUCUAUGUGACAUAGUAUAAAACAAACCGUUAUGAGUGUCCCAUUUUGAUUUCCAGUGACAAAGGCUGUACCCUCAUACAAUCAAGGCCCACAUCAUGAUUUUUUAUUCCUAUAUAUCACGUUCACAAGCUGGGUAGGGCAGUAAAAUGCGUUGGUAUUUUAUAAAUAAUUUGAAUAAUACAAUGAUAGAGAUAAAGUGAGGAAAGGUGGAUAUAGUAACUGAUUUAAACAAGGGGGGCAGCAAGAAUUAAGGCAGACACAAUGGGUGAAAUUGACGGGGUCGUUAAGGGAGGUAGCCAAGAUAAUUGAUGCACAGGAGGAUCAAUGAGUGACAGGGAAUAAUGUAUUAUGGGAAAAGAAUACCAUUAAUGAGGUUCUAUAGUAAUCCUAUAUAUUUUGGGGCUGUAGCUGCCACUACUAUGACCCAUAGUGGUUCAAAAUGCUUCUUUAGCCUCACUCAGGUUGAUAGUACCCCUAAUAUCACAACAACAGUAUUAGCAAGUUGCUACAGCUUGAAAAUUCCAUUUGCCCUCUAGUGGCAAUAUCUGUUACUACAAGAAAGGAGGUAAAAGUGGCUGUUUUAAAAUUACUCUGUAUGUUCAAUGCACACACCGCCACAGUGGAUAUUCAACCUUGUUCACUUAUUAAAUCUUUAAAGAAAAAAAAUCUAAUGACAAGACAAGUCAAUAAUGUCUUUGACAUCAGUGCAACAAAGCACUUUUACUCUGGAGGUUAAGUAACCAUUUUACUUGAAGCAAAAAACAACAUAGCUCACAACGGAAGCCACAAUGAUUUUAGUCCUGUCAAAAAUAUAUUCUUUGCUUCGAUCCUGCAUCUAGACCCCGGACCCACUGCACUGCCAGACCCUCCAAACGUUGAUCCUCUCUGUGAUAUUUGAUUACACAAGGGUGAACACUCCUUCUUUGUUGAAUCUCUGUAAUUUUCACAUCACAAAGCCCUCUGGUCUGGGAAGAUUUCUUUCUGCGGAGCCUGCUUUGUGUCUUGUUGGGUUUUUGAUGAUUUUACAAGGUAGGAGUACCAGCUGUUUCCUAGAAUGCUAUGUAUAUAUUGAAGAGGUGAUGUAUCAAAAUCUUCCAGCUGUACAACUGAGGGCCCUCGAGCUGGGUUAACUAGUUCCAAUCUCAGAUCAUAGGAUGAAUAAACAGGCCAUUGGCUAUAAUCAAUAGGCAACAUGUAGGGCUCUGGAAGCACUAUGCCUAGCAGUUCCCAAUUGAUACAUCUCUCAGUGCUAGGAAUCAAUCAGCAACUUCAAUAUUUGAAAUAAAAUUAAACACAACACAAAAGUAGCAAUUAUACUUGUGUUUUUGUUUCAUUAUAUAUGACUUACGUUGUAUUCAUAUAGCUACAUUACAUUUGGUCAACAAAUUGCUUUGCGCAAAGCCAUAGACUUUAUCUUUUUUUAUUAUUAAAUAACGUAUUUUGCCAUUUUCCAGAUUUCCCAGUAGAAAAUCAGUUAUCCCAUAGCACCUCACCUUCACUCUACCGCCCCCACACCGGUGAAAGUAAGCAAUAA